GUAUGGAUCCAGCGUUAUAAAUAUGUUGACAAUCAUAGAAAUUCGGCAUUUAUCAUAGCAAUUAGAGGUGUCACUUGAACUAUUACAUUCGCUAAUGAUAUAAAUAGAUACGAUUAAAAAUGACGGACUAUCGUGUUCUAUUAAUUUUGCUGUUUUGUUCUAGUGUUAUUUGUGAGGAUUGUGUCACUUUCGAUUUUGAAAAGGAUUUUAAUAGUUCGUUCAGUAAUGAAAUCGGUGUGUGCUUAGGUAUAGAUAUGUGGAAUAUUGGGAGAUACGAAGACCUGUCAAUAGACAGCCCUGAUCCGGACUCAGCGAAGUUUGUAUAUCCAAGUGAUACCUUGAGUUGUGCGUCAUCUUUUACGUUUCAAAUGGCUGCAACAGGUGUGUUAGAAGUUAACCUGUUUAUGGAACCUACCUCGGCUACAGAUCAAGUGACGGUUCUUGCAAACCAAAUAGUCCCUAACGGGCAGGACGUAGUAGUUGGAAACGCUUGGGUUAUUGCCUCGGAUGAUAAUUUCAUCAGUGGAUGGAGGACUGUCAGGUUAUCCCUAACCGGUUUUGGAACUUUUAAUGGCUAUAUUACCCUGCUUGGAAUGGCUGCGCGUGAUUCAAUAGUAUUGGUUGACUCGUUUCGAUAUAUAUCACCUACUUUAGACGAAGAAGAGUGUAUUAUAUACGAAAAAGUUGCCACCACAACAACGCAAGUAACACAAACUGAUGAGAUAUCAACGGAAAAGGAGACCACUGAGCCUUCAUCUCCUUAUACAACAGUUACAACUACAAUUACUCCAGAAAUUAUCUCCACAAGUACCACAACAGAACAAUCUCAAGAAACGAAUUCAGUUCCAACUACAGAAUCUGGUGGCACUGAUUAUACAACCCGAGAAACUCAAACUGAUCCUGUUAUGACAACACAAACGGGAGACCCUGAAACUACAGACAAGACUUUCCCUACUGAUACAACAGCUACAUCAGAAUCCACUUCUCCUGAAGACUCUAGUACAGUAACUAUUGAUCCCAUUACCUUAACGACAGAAGCUAUGACUUCUCAAUCCACAAUAGAACCACCAACUUCAACAGAACUAGUAACAAAUUCAAAUCCUACUACAGUAUCAAAUACUCCUGAAAUAGACACAACUACUACUAUAAGUUCAGAACAAACCACGACUACUUCAGAAAGUAUCGAUACCACUUUAUCUUCUGAAAGUACUGAACCUACCACAGAAACCUUAAAUCCCAUUACUCUGGAAACAACUAAGAUGACACCAGAAUCAACAACUACUCCUGAGACUGCUAGUACUGCUCCAAGUAAUCCAACAAAAGAUCCGGAAGAGCAUACCGAGUCUACUACUGUAAUGACGUCAUAUACGACUAAAACUGAUUCUAGUUCGACAGACACAACUACGACGUAUUUUACUACUGUAAUGACGUCAUAUACGACUACAAGUUCAAGCUCAGAUACAACUACAACGUAUUCUACUUCUACGAAAGACGUAACACAAAUCACGGUACACCCAGAAACUACUACAGUUGGACAGAGUGAAUCAAUUUCAACUGCUGAAGAUAUUGGCCUAGGCACAACUGACCAAACCUAUACACCAACAACCGAGGAGAAUACUGAUGGAACCAAUCCAGAAAUCACUACGACAAGUCCUCCUCGAAGACCAAGGUACAGAUUUUGGAACGCAUAUACUAUAAUUAUGUUGGUACUUUUAAUACUAAUAAUUGUAGCUAUUACUGCUGUUGUCUGGUAUUAUAUUGGUAAAAGAAAAAGUACCAGGGAGUCCCAAAUAAUUCUGCCUUAUUUUGAAGAGCCUCCUAAAACAUUUCAUAUACCAAGGGUUUCUAAAAUUUGGACUAAUUCAAAUACAAUCAAUAGGUUAGCGUCCUUUAUUAGAAUAGAAUGAUCUGCUUAAAUUAUAUGUAACCAUUUAUUUUUAGUAUUUAUUUUAGUACGUAGUCCGCAAAAAUAGUGUGAUUAUUUUACAAGAAUUUAAGUACAAAUAUUUUAGUCUAAGUAUGUAUAUAAAUUGUAAAAACACUGAAGUAAAUGUUAAGUUAGUAUAGUGAAAUAAUAUUAGAAUCUAUAUUUUAGAGGACAAAUACUCAUUACAUUUUAGUUAGAC